CUCAACUCGUAACUACUACUUCUUCUCGUUGCUUUGCUGGUUUUUCUGGGUUUUCUUUAUAUUUUUUAGUUUCUUCAAACAAAGACUCAGAAACCAGAGGAAAAAAAAAAGAUUUUCUUUGUUCUUUUCGGUUUUAAAUUGUCCAGAUUUGCUCUGUGUAUUAAUAUUCAAGGCGAACUUUCAUUUUAAUGGCUUCACAAGUUGGUGUACCGGUUAAAUUGUUGCGGGAAUUCGUACGCAAAAAAAUAACUGUUGAUACAGCUUCGGGAGAAGUCUUUCGAGGUGUCUUAGAGGAAGCUGAGGACAACCUCAAUAUGUGCUUGGUUGAUGUGAAAGUAACUUUUUGUAGCGGUGCCACAGGCGAGAUGAAAAGCGUGUACAUCAAAGGAUCCAAGGUUCGGUACAUAGCUCUUCCAGAUGAAGCAAAGGAUCAUUUAUACGAGCUAUCAAGGGAAAGAAGACCUAUGCGUGGUGGUCGAGGAGGCUUUCGUGGCGGACGCGGGCGUGGUGGUGGCGGCGGCAGACGACCAUCAUUUCAUCGCCGUGAUUACUAAGAAUUUAUGUAUACACAUUUUGCAUGACAAGUCAUUCAUUAUGCUCAUUGAUUUGUAUCACAAAAUUUUAAUUAAAGUCAUUUUUUAGUUGUAAA